AUGCCGUUGUCCGAUGCGCGGCUCGUCGGGCUUGCCGGCGCUGCACGGGUGAUGCGCGACUCAGCAUCGUCGCCGUCUCCCACGCCCUCCCCGAUCCUCGGCACGCCCGAGGUGGACGGCGACAAGUGCAAGCUCAUGGGGCCGUUUGCGCUCUUCGUGCAGGCCAUCAUGGGCAUCCUCGUCAUCGGCUCGCUCGUCUACAAACGCCAGCGCGAGAAGCCCAAGCGAAGGUGGAAGAUCUGGGCGCUGGACGUCUCCAAGCAGAUGCUCGGCCAGCUCUUCGUCCACAUCCUCAACGUCGUCCUCUCCGACUUUGUCGCAAGCGGCGGCGGAGAGAAUCCAUGCUCGCUCUACUUUCUCAACAUCCUCGUCGACACCACCCUCGGCGUCUUCUUCAUCUACGUUGCGCUCAAGUACGUCACCUGGUUCCUCACAGAGCGGCUCGGCCUCGAGGGGUUCGUCUCGGGUCAGUAUGCUCCGCCGCCCUUGCCCACACCUCUGUCGUCUGCAUCGGCGCGAGCGGCCACCGCAUCGGACGGCAGCAGCGCAGGCCCAGCAGCCCGCCGCUCCUUGGCAAGAGCCAAGCCUAGGCUAGAGUACUGGCUCAAGCAGCUCGCCUCGUAUCUCUUCGUGCUCUUGCUAAUGAAGAUGGCCGUGCUCGUCGUCUUGGCCAUCUUUCCGUUCCUCUUCGACGUCGGCUCGUGGAUCCUCGGCUUCUUUGGCAGCCACAAGGACGCGCAGGUGCUCUUCUCCAUGGCCCUCUUCCCGCUCGCCAUGAACGUGCUCCAGUUCUGGCUCAUCGACUCGCUCCUCAGACACAACCCCUACACCUCGGCAUACUCCAAGAUCAACCCGGACGACGAAGCUUUCCUCAACACCUCGGACCGCAUCUCGCAGGACUCGCACUUCUCGGAAUCCGCACUCGACCACUCGGCACAGCCACACCACGCCAUCGGCCGGGACAGCGACGAGGACGAGGACGCACAGGCGUCAGCAAAGUCGAGACGGCGCCCAUCGCCGCAGCGUGCAGCUACAUCCGAUGCCGAUCGGCCGUACGACUUGCGGCCGAACAGACCCAUAGACGAGAUGCGCCGCCAGGCGAGCUUGACGCUCUCGGAUCCGGAUGCGGACGCAGACGACAACAUGACCGCAAGCAUACACCAGGCGAUGUCGUCCAGCAAGGCGUCGAUCCAGCGGCUCGAGUCACACCACCUCAAACAGGUCAGCGACGAACGCAAUAGGUAG